AUGGGCAAGAAGAAUAGUAAACUGAAGCAGGAUACCAUCGAUCGACUCAUGCGCGAAACGUAUUUUACCGAGAGGGAGAUUCGGCAAUGGCACAAAGGAUUCCUGAAAGACUGCCCGGAUGGACUGCUGACGGAACAGGGUUUCAUAAAGAUCUACAAGCAAUUCUUUCCUGACGGCGAUCCUUCGAAGUUCGCGACCCUCGUUUUUCGAGUUUUCGACGAGAACAACGACGGCACGAUAGAAUUCGAGGAGUUCAUAAGGGCGCUCUCGGUGACGUCACGGGGCAAUUUGGACGAGAAACUGCAUUGGGCAUUUAGGCUGUACGAUGUGGACAACGACGGUUUCAUCACGAGAGCUGAGAUGUACAAUAUCGUCGAAGCGAUAUACGAAAUGGUGGGGCAGCCGCCGCAGGCGGAGGACGAGAACACGCCGCAGAAAAGGGUGGACAAGAUCUUCGAUCAAAUGGACGUAGACCACGACGACAAGCUGACACUCGAGGAGUUCCGGGAGGGCAGCAAGGCCGAUCCCAGGAUCGUGCAGGCGUUAACGCUGGGCGGCGCCGGCGAGUAA